CACGGGUUUCUCGUGGAUAUGAAGCCGAACCUGAUGCAUCCAGUCCGGGAGACAAGCUCGCCGCCGGAUUUCCCAUUCUUUGAGUGCGUGGCCUUCGAGCAGCACCACGAGUACCGCGACUCCGCAACGGGAAAAGGAUCAACGUAACGAGCAAAAACGGCGAACCAACAAUAAAAAUCGAGGGAGCUGCAAACCUGUUCGCCAGUGUUCCUUAUCCGCCCCCACUCGGCCAGCUGUUUUAGAUAAGCGCCGGCAAGAAUACACACUCCUUCGUAGAUCGUCAAGAGAAAUUGUGCAUUCCGGACGUACCUGUCCUCUCUGCGCGUCGAAAUCCAGUGCUGCGAGAGGAAAAUGUUGCCGGGCCGAUCGACGGCGUUCAUCGCCGCUUUGUUCUUGAUCAACGCAGUCUACUGUGAUCUGGAUUUAAAAAUGCUUCACGUGGUAUUCCGACACGGUGACAAAGUGCCUCAUCGAGAAUUUCAAAAUUAUCCCAGUGAUCCCUACAAGGACCAUUCGUACCAUCCGAUGGGCAACGGAGAUCUGACGAAUAUAGGUAAGAUGCGCGAGUACAGGAUAGGCACAAUGCUCCGUGAACGUUACAAUCGAUAUUUCGGGCCAGACUAUUGGCCGGAGAAGAUCUACGCCCGAUCAACGGACGUCCCAAGGACUCAAUUGUCUCUCCAGCUAGUUCUGGCUGGAUUAUUCCCGCCCUCGGAGACGCAGACUUGGAAUCCCCAUCUACCCUGGAUUCCGGCGUCCACGUUCUCUGUUCCCUAUGAAACUGACAAUCUCCUAUUCCCGCAUUACUGUCCCAGGUAUAAAGAAGAAUACAGUAAGUUCUUGCGGCAGCAAAACACGCAGGAUAUAGUAAACAAGUACAAAAGCGUGAUGAGUUACUUGACCCAACACAGCGGGAAAGUGGUGAACACAACGUCCGGGGUAUCUUAUCUUUACAACUUAUUCAAAGAACAGGCAGCUCAGAACCUGAGCAUUCCAAAAUGGACUGAGGCGGUUUAUCCGGCUCCGAUGAAAGAAAUAAUAGCGUUGGACUUUAAACUCAGAUCGUACACAAAGACACUGAAGCGUCUAAACGGAGGUAUGCUAUUACGUAAAAUGGUCGAAGACAUUCAGUUGUACAAGACAGGCAAAUUGGAGCCGUCCGACAGGAAUGCGUUCCUGUUUUCGGGCCACGAAGUGAACGUCGCAGCUGUGGCGAAGGCUCUGGACUUAGACGAACCCGUCAUACCUGCAUACGGAUCUACAAUUAUCCUGGAAACACUGCGCGAUAAGAAAAGAACUUACUACGUACGAGUUUUACUCUGGACUGGUGUCUACGAACAACUUAUAAUUCAAACGAUUCCUGGGUGCACGGAAUUGUGUCCGUUCGAUCAGUUCCUCGAGAUAGUAAAAGACGUAUUACCGACCGACGAAGAAUACAGUUGCAAUUCCAAUGGAACAAUCAACGAUUUGAGAAACAAAGCAGUAAAGGAGUCUAUAUGUUCCUCAGCAGCAAACGCAGUCGUUGGCAAAUCUUGGUCCUACCUAUUACCACUUGUUUCUUUCGCAAUUUUUUCUGCGCAUAAUAUCAACCAUUGAUUCUUAGAAUGGUCCACAGAAGAUUAUACUAAUACUGGUUCCGAUUAUAGAUCCACAUGAAAUAGUUUCCGAUAUGUUUGUAAUAAGUUAGAGUUGUAUUACUGAUGUAUAGAGUCAGGCUUCUAUCUAUAUGUACCUUAAUUAGACCGCGGAUGUCGAACACAAAACCCGAACUUCGUGAAAUGUUUCAUAAAUUUUUUAUCUUACUUAUAAUAAGAUAAAGUUUUCAAAUGAAACAAAGAGUUAAAAAUUUAUAAUUUCUAUAACAUCCACGGUCUAACUGUAACGAAUGGAAAAGUAUAGAAGUAGUGACAUAGCUAUAGAAUUACCGAGAUAAAGGUUUGCCUUGUAGUGAUAAUUUAGAUACUCUUUGAAAGUAUUACCAUUACAUACCGCAAUGUAAAUGUAACCUCUAGUCACAAUUGUUCGCCGUAAUUACGUUAUUCUUUUCGUUUUUUAAAUCAUAAAGUUAUUAAAUUUCAGUUAUAUGUGAGAGCAUUUGAACAUGAGAGAGAUGUGAAUGAGAAAACCAACAGAAAGAAAUGAGUUAAACUGAUUGGCAUCACUUUUAUUCCCCAGAUGUUCAAUGAAAAAAGAAAUAUCGUGACAAAAUACAGUAACGACGUAAUUAUAUUAAUGUUAGAGAAUGA